UUACGCCUUAACGUAGUGCACGGAAUUUGAAAGUAAAAUAUCUGCUAGCUGAGUUAGCCUAGCUUAGCUUAGCUGCUUAACACAUACUGGGUUAAAACUUUGCGGCUUUGUUAACUAACUAACACGUUAAACAUUAUGAAAAAGGUUGUUAGCAGGAUAUGUGCUGUGGGUUUAAUCGUUAUUUUCAUCUCACUCGCUGAAGGAAACAGAAGAUAUUCAUAUGCAGAUUGCACCUAUGUGAAGCCAGAUGUCCCCUCCAUCUACUAUGGUGGUCGGUGCUUCUGCUACACCAAUCCAGCAAUCAAAUGGAAAGACUACUGGUCCACCUUCCAGGUCCACGUGGUGAGCAAGGAGGACGUCAUGAUCGUGUACCCCAUGGAACAUAGAACCUGCCACAGUGCUGAUAACCUUCUACAGCUCACAGCAUGCCUGAUGGAGCACUACUGGCCCUCAAGGGUUCAGAAGGAGAAAAUGGUGGACGUCCCUCUCAUCGAGGAGGAGGUGUUCUUCAUGACCAAUGCUCCCAGAGCCAGCGCUGAGUACACACUCCAUGUCUCCAAACACAGGUUUAACAGGAUGCGUUUUUUCCUCUUCGUCUCCGGACUCGCGCUCUUCUUCUUCGCUGGAGCCGUGUGCAGGAGCUCGAUGUUUUUCUACGUCUCUGGGAUUUUACUGGGAAUGAGCUCCAUUUUCUUGUUCCUACUUCUGGUCCUAAAGAACUUCAUACCAACGCGAGGACUGUUCCUGCUGCUGUUCGGUGUCGGCUCCGGUCUCUCGUACCUGGGCAUCCAGAAGCUGAUAAACGAGCAUGAGGAGAUCAUGAGGCUCUACUGGAGAGAGCUGCUCGGUUAUCUGCUGGUGUCAGGUUUUGUGAGUUUUGUGCUGUGUUACCGCCUGGGUCCGGUCACUAGCAGGCGCACGUUGUACGUGAUGACUUGGGCGCUGCAGGCCGUGGGUGUGGUGGUGGCGUGUCACGGCAUCACGUAUGCUCCCGUGUCCUGGAUACUGCUGGCUCUGCUGCUGGGAUUUAAGAUCCUGCCUCUGCUGCUUGCCCUCAUCCUGGCCAUCCAAAGACAAGUGAGCUGGCUGCUGUGGACGUUCCUUGGUCUCUUCCAGAGGAGGAGAUCAUCUAAGAGAAAGCUGUUGACUGAGGAGGAGUAUCAGGAGCAGGCUGAGAGACACACCAGAACCUCUCUGGAGGAGCUGCGGAGGUACUGCACCAACCCCGGCUUUCCCGCCUGGGACACGGUGAUGAGACUGCGAGCUCCACAACGGUUUGCAGAGUUCCUGCGUAACGGAGACCAUGUCACGCCGUCAGAGCUGCAGAACCACGAGCUGCAAAGACUCUCCGGCUUCAGAACAGAGCAUGACACGCUUCUGGAUUCCACACAUUCCACGGCCGCAUCAGCGGACUUCAGUGACAACGAGGUCAACAUGCGCACGCCCCAAACUCCAAGCCCAAGCCCCUUUCCUUCUUUUUCUUCUCCUCCUGCACUUGUUGACAACGAUAUCUUCAUUGAUCCUCCUUCUCCUCCUGCCCUUUACACUCCUCCUGCUUUUAUCUGCCCCUACCCCCCCACGCCCCGCCCCCAGACAGCCCCCGUGUGUCCGCUCCCAGACGACGACGAGCCUUUCUGAGUCUCAUGUGUAACAACAACAAAAAGAUGUUGCACUGCUUUUAUUUUAAAUCUUUUUUACUGGAAGACUGUUUCUUAUUCGGCAUUUUAACUUUAUAUAAAUGUAAAUAAGGACGCCACAUCCCACACCCGAGGACUUCGACUUAUAAUUCAGGGAAACACUGCCCUCCGGUGUCACUAUUAUAUAAUCACAACAUGCAGGAAGCUGAAUUCAUUCUGAAUUUCAUGUGUGAUUUUAGUUUAAAGGUUUUUAUGAGCAAAUCCACUCUAAAAUGUUGUUUAAUUCUCGUCCAAUGUUAUUUAAUUAAAAUUAAAUUAAUCUGA